ACGUCUUGCUCAACACUCUAGACGACAUUGACUGCGAUGGCCGAUAUAAAUGCCCAAGAAAACGGCGAGAAUGCCCCUCUCCUCUCAACAACUUCUCAACCUGUACCGGCCCCACGUGGGGCCUGGGUUCGAAUCGUCGUCCCCGUUGGCCUCACAGUCGUCUUUGCUAUCGCGGCAAUCCUAGCGUUUGCCCUUCCACGCGCCCAGCUUCCCAUACUGGACCGUGUAGGAGUGGUGGACACGCACAUUGACCUGCCGCUCCUACUGAGGAUGUUCUACAAGAAUGACAUCAACCAGUUCGACAUGAGGGCGACGAUGCCUGGGCACGUGGACAUCGCCAGACUGCGGACAGGACAUGUUGGCGGUGUCUUCUGGAGUGUCUUUGUCCCCUGUUCAGCAGAGCUGGGCAAGGACGAGGGGCCGGACUUCAUGAUUCCCACUUAUCGCGUCCGUGACACCCUGGAGCAGAUUGAUAUCACCAAGCUCAUGAUCGACGAGUACCCUGAUGUCUUCGAGUACGCCACAACUGCGAAGGGGAUGCGUGCUGCCAUGUCGUCAGGGAAAGUCGCAAGUUUGAUUGGUGUUGAGGGUGGACACCAGCUUGAGAACUCACUGGGUGUCCUGAGGAUGUAUUACGAGCUUGGAGCGAGGUACAUGACCUUGACUCAUACCUGCAACAAUGCGUUCGCUGAUUCUGCUGGCAUCGGUGCUACACCUACACCAUUGCACGGUGGACUCAGCCCGUUCGGUGUCGAACUGAUAUAUGAGAUGAACCGCUUGGGAAUGAUGGUAGACAUUUCUCACGUCUCCGACGACACCGCAAUCCAAGCAUUCAACGUUUCUCGCGCCCCUCUCCUCUUCUCCCACUCUUCCUCCCGCGCGGUGCACAACGUGCGACGAAAUGUGCCUGACAGUAUACUCGAGCUCAUCGGCGAGGGAGAGGGAAAGAAGGAUGCUGUGGUGAUGGUCAUUUUCGCCCCGGAUUUCGUGGCAGACAAGGACAAGGCGGAUGUGAAGGCCGUUGCCGAUCAUGUAGUGCACAUCGCCCACAUUGCAGGACCCCGACAUGUCGGUAUCGGCAGCGACUACGACGGAAUCACUAGCGUGCCCCAGGGACUCGAAGAUGUCUCCAAGUAUCCUGCACUCUUCGAAGAACUUCGCUCCCGCGGCUGGGACGACACGAUGCUGGCAGGAUUGGCUCAGUACAACCUGCUCCGAGUCUUUGAGGGAGUGGAGAAGACGGCGAUGGAGAUGCGUUGGGAAGGAGUGAAGCCUGCGAUGGCGUUGUAUGAUAAGAGGGCCGAUCUACUCGACGAGAUUGACAGUUUCUUUGAAUAA